UUAGCUUUAUGUCGACUCUGGGAGCACAGCAGGAUGAAAUUUGACAGCAUACUUUCAGAAAUUGAUGGAUUUGGAAAAUUCCAAAUCAAGCUAGUCUUGAUUCAGAUGCUUUCUCGCAUUACUCUACCAUGUCACUUCCUGCUGAAUAACUUCAUGGCAGCUGUUCCCUCUCACCACUGUAACAUCACUGCUCUCGAUGAUGGAGGCAUCUUUGGGAAUUUAACUCAGGAACAGAAACUGGUUGUAGGUAUUCCAGCAGAGCGGGAUGGCGCUCCGAGCUCUUGUCAGAUGUUUUCGAACCCCCAGUAUCAACAUCUGUCAGGCUCCAACAGUAGUGAGGAUACAUUUACUGUUCAGUGUCAGAACGGAUGGGUGUAUGACAACAGCACAUUUAAAUCUACUUUGGCAACAGAGUGGGAUCUUGUGUGCAGCAGAAAAGGGAUGAACAAGGCAACAGCCACCAUUUUCUUCCUUGGGGUUAUGGUGGGUGCCCCUUUAUUUGGGUUUCUCAGUGACAGGUUUGGCCGACGGAAACUGCUCUUGGUGUCUUAUUUGUCAUCCAUGAUGUUUGCCGUCCUAAGUGCGUUCUCCCCAUCGUACAUAAUGUUUGUCAUCAUGAGAUUUUUCACGGGGAUGUCACUUGCAGGAAUAAGUAUAAUCUCUAUUGUGCUAAAUGUUGAAUGGUUCGGCAUUGAACACAGGACCUUUUCUGGUGUGAUUAUAAGCUUGGAUUGGACACUUGGAAACUGGUUUCUGGUUGGAAUUGCAUAUUGUAUUAAUGAGUUUCGGAUGCUCAUCCUAGCAGCGACCUCACCACUGAUACUGGCCGUCAUGGCUUGGAGGUAUCUUCCAGAGUCUGCGAGGUGGCUCUUGGCAAACGGGAAAGCAGAUGCUGCACAUCAUUACAUAAUGAAAUGUGCCGAGAUGAACAACAGGACCAAGUGUAUGGAUGCGAUCACACCAAUGGUAUUACUGGAAUCUGUACAGGAUGAAACUACAGAUAAGAAGUACACUAUUGUAGAUCUUUUCAAGACCCCAAAUAUUAGGAAACUUUCUAUAUGCUCAGGGAUAGUAUGGUAUGGAGUUGCAUUUACAUAUUAUGGGAUAAGUCUGAAUAUCACUGGGUUUGGACUAAACCCGUACCUCACACAAUUCAUCUUUGCAUCCAUCGAAAUGCCAAUGAAGAUUGGUGUGUAUGUCUUCCUGGAAAAAGUUGGCAGAAAGCCUGGUGAGAUGGGAGCCCUGUUGUUGACUGGUCUCUGUCUCUUCAUCAACAUAUUUGUUGGAAAAGAUAGGUGGAUUAUUCGUACUGUUGUGGCAGUCCUUGGAAAAGCCCUGUCAGAAGCCUCAUUUACAAUCAUGUUCCUUUUCACGACUGAAUUCUUUCCUACAGUCGUACGACAGAACGGUUUAGGCUACACCUCGUUUCUGGCACGGCUGGGCGUGUCCAUAUCUCCACUCAUCAUGUUAUUGGAGGAUGUGUGGCAUCUCCUCCCUGCAGUCACUUACUGCACAGUGGCAAUUGGCUCUGGUUUAGUGACUUCCCUUCUGCCUGAAACAUUAAAUACCAGACUGCCAGAGUUAAUCGAGGAUAUUGAGAAACCGAGGGUACAGUCAACAAGGAGGAAGGACAUUCAAUAAAAAUCACACUUAUUGAUAAUGAGAACUUGCCCUCUAUAUAUUUGUUAUGAAAUUCUUGUUAAAUUUUAAUAAAUGGAGAUGAUUUGAUUUUAACAAUAAAUAAAAAAUCCCAAUAAAUAAUGAAACCAACAGCUAGAAGGUAUUUAACAAAUCCAAAGGUGUAUUGUCUAAAUAAUUUAGUCUGGCAACAGCAGAACAACAGUGGAAGAAACCCAAGAGCAGACAAUUUACUUGUAGCUGGAAAUAAAGUUUUAGUAAAAGAGAAAACGUCUAUUGGUUUUAUUGAAAUUAUACAUUUUAUGGUGACAUACUGGUUUAAGUCUUAUUAUGUCCUGCUGUCGUGGCUCAGGGUAUAUGGGACAGCCCAGUAAUAUACUGGUGAUCUGCAAAGGAUAAGCACUUAUAAAUGAUGGAUGGAUGAAGGAGUUGGUUUCAUUUGCUUGCCAAAGUAUUGGACAAAAUCAAAACUUUAAGGUAUAUUGUUGUGUUUAAGUACACUUUCAUAUUUAUAGUACUGUGUGUAUAUUCAUUAGUAUGCUGUGAUGUAAUGUGAACGUUGUCUGUCCUGCACCAUGAACAAGUUCUGUUGUUUAUUAUAAUGGUAAUAAAACUCAGUGAUUAAAUGGCAA